UUGGAUGCGUGGCACCUCCUCUGCGUGAUAGGUCAGGACCACCGCCCCCCUGGCUCCCCAUUGGCUGCUCCGCGAAGCCCGGUCUCCGGGUAAGAUGGCAGCGGACGGACAGUGCUCGCUCCCCGCUUCAUGGCGGCCGGUGACCCUCACUCACGUCGAAUAUCCUGCAGGUGAUCUCUCUGGCCACCUCCUUGCCUACCUGAGCCUCAGCCCUGUGUUUGUCAUCGUCGGUUUUGUGACCCUCGUCAUCUUCAAGCGGGAGCUGCACACGAUCUCUUUCCUCGGGGGCCUGGCCUUGAAUGAGGGGGUCAACUGGCUCAUCAAACACGUCAUCCAGGAGCCACGGCCCUGCGGAGGCCCCCACACAGCAGUGGGCACUAAGUACGGGAUGCCCUCCAGCCAUUCCCAGUUCAUGUGGUUCUUCUCCGUCUAUUCCUUCCUCUUCCUGUAUUUAAGAAUGCACCAAACGAAUAAUGCCAGGUUUCUGGACCUGCUGUGGCGGCACGUGCUGUCCUUGGGACUCCUCACUGCAGCCUUUCUGGUCUCCUACAGCAGGGUCUACCUGUUGUACCACACCUGGAGCCAGGUGCUGUAUGGGGGCAUCGCUGGAAGCCUCAUGGCCGUCGCCUGGUUCGUCUUCACCCAGGAGGUCCUCACCCCACUGUUCCCCAGGAUAGCAGCUUGGCCAAUCUCCGAGUUCUUCCUGAUCCGGGACACCAGCCUCAUCCCCAAUGUGCUCUGGUUUGAGUACACAGUGACCCGGGCAGAAGCCAGGAACAGACAGCGCAAGCUGGGGACAAAGCUGCAGUGACCGGUGGGCGUGGCUGGGUCCAGCCUCUAGAUCUGGCCUGCGUGACGCCUCAAAGGGCAGACGGCACGAUGGACAGAGGGACGAAGCAGAGACAUCUACAGACCCAAGUCACCAAGUGGAGCCUUUUUGUUUUCUUAUUUUAAUUUUAACGGAGAAGGUGGACCAAAGGGCUGAGCCAGCCCCUCGGCUGGGACCCUGGGAGGGCCUGCUGCCCAGGGCCAUGUGGCCAGAGACCCUCGCUGUGUUGCUGCCAGUCCCCGGCAGGGUGGCGUGUGCCCUUGGCCCGGGCACCAGGGUGUGGCAGAGAGUGGGGGGCUUGUGCCUCUAGGCUGGGGGCUGGAGCCCCAGGUGGCGUGAGACGCGCACACUAUUUAUUUCUUGGUUUUGUCAGAGGCAGGUGGAGCUUGCUGCUCGGUGGCUCCCGUGCAGAGGGGCCUCCCCUGCCCACCCCAGAACCUCUCAGUGUUUCCCGGACGGGGCAGGGCUGGAGUGAGCACGAGACUGGCGCCUGCUGUCAUUGUGUUCUUCCCUGCCCCCGCCCCACACCACAAGGGCUUUCUCUGGUCUCCCCAAGACAACUGUCCCUUUCUGACAGAAGAGCCUGCACAUGUGGGUGUGCACACCCAGGCUGUUUACAGCUCUUUCUGUCCUGCCAGUAGCAGUCCUUGUCCUGCUCGAACAAACCAGGGGCCAGAACCAGUGAGCCCUGCCUUCCCUGUGUGUUGGGAACUGUCCUUGUGCCUCCUGACGGAGGACCUGCUCGAGGCCACCCUCGGGCCUGGGGCUGGGCUCAGGAGGGCGCUCAAGGGACCUGGAAGUCCCUGCAGAUGGGCCCAGUUUCGGAGUGUCCAGAGCCGCGCUGGCCCUGCAGACCUGUGUCCGACAACCCCUUUUCUUUGUGGAGGUUUCUAACCUGCUGCUGAAGCACAAUUUUUUGGUGCUUUCUUUUCUCAUUCGAUCAAGGCAGUGUCCAAAGCCAUUCCAGACGCCAGGACCAGGGCUGAUUCUAGGGAGGCAGGUCAGUGCCCGUGUUUUCCUCCCCUCCCCUUAGGAUUUUUAUUUUGUACUUUUUGCCUGAGAUAAGCCAAGUGUGAGGUGGUUUGAUUUCAGAAAAAACAAAAAAUCAAUGAAAUUGUUUACUGUUGUUUUAAAAUAAAAUCUUAAACUGGCG